CCGCCCCUGCCCAGCCCCGCCCCCGCCCGGCGUCGGGCAGUCAGACGGGCGGGAAGAGGCGGCCGCUCAGACAGGAUGGCGGCUGCUGCGAUGGGCGCGGGCCCCGACGCGGGGGGCCCGGCUGCAGCGAGCAGCGGUGGCGGGGCGCGCGAAGGCGCGCGGGUGGCGGCGCUGUGCCUGCUGUGGUACGCGCUGAGCGCGGGCGGCAACGUGGUCAACAAGGUGAUUCUGAGCGCCUUCCCGUUCCCGGUGACCGUGUCGCUGUGCCACAUCCUGGCGCUGUGCGCGGGGCUCCCGCCGCUCCUGCGCGCCUGGCGCGUGCCCCCCGCACCACCCGUCUCGGGCCCCGGGCCCAGCCCGCAUCCGUCUCCCGGCCCGCUCCUGCCGCCGCGCUUCUACCCGCGCUACGUGCUGCCACUUGCCUUCGGCAAGUACUUCGCAUCUGUAUCAGCGCACGUCAGCAUCUGGAAGGUGCCCGUGUCUUAUGCACACACCGUCAAGGCCACCAUGCCCAUCUGGGUGGUCCUCCUGUCCCGGAUCAUUAUGAAGGAGAAGCAGAGCACCAAGGUGUACCUGUCACUCAUCCCCAUCAUCAGCGGGGUCCUGCUGGCCACCGUCACUGAGUUGUCUUUCGACAUGUGGGGGCUUGUCAGUGCCCUCGCCGCCACGCUGUGCUUCUCGCUUCAGAACAUUUUCUCCAAAAAGGUCUUGAGAGAUUCACGGAUCCACCAUCUCCGGCUACUCAACAUCCUGGGCUGCCACGCUGUCUUCUUUAUGAUCCCCACCUGGGUUCUGGUGGACCUCUCAGCUUUCCUGGUCAGCAGCGACUUGACCUACGUCUCCCAGUGGCCCUGGACACUCCUGCUCCUCGCUGUCAGUGGAUUCUGUAACUUUGCCCAGAAUGUCAUUGCCUUCAGCAUCCUCAACCUCAUCAGCCCCCUGAGCUACUCGGUCGCCAAUGCCACCAAGAGAAUCAUGGUCAUCACGGUGUCCCUCAUCAUGCUGCGCAACCCAGUCACCAGCACCAACGUCCUGGGCAUGAUGACUGCCAUCCUGGGGGUCUUCCUCUACAACAAGACCAAGUACGAUGCAAACCAGCAAGCCAGGAAGCACCUCCUCCCCAUCACCACAUCUGACCUGAGCAGCAAGGAGCGCCACCGGAGCCCAGUGGAGAAGCCUCACAACGGCCUCCUCUUCCCCCAGCACGGGGACUAUCAGUACGGCCGCAGCAGCAUCCUCACAGACCACUUCCAGUACAGCCGGCAGAGCUACCCAAACUCAUACAGUUUGAACCGCUAUGAUGUGUAGAGUCCAGAGGGCAGGACCAGACUGUUCUGUGACUCCUUCCCCUGCCCCCACAGCAGUAUCAGAAACUUCUGACAAUCAGUGAAUGUACAAGCCAGCCGAGGGGACGGUGCAUAACUCUGCAUCAGAAGCUCUCGGGUUCCCGGCCCUGCCAUGAGCCACAGGAGGAGGCGUUGCCUGCAGCGCAGGCAGCCGUGGGCUCCGGGCAAACGUAAACAGAGACUGGUAUCUGUGCUCUUUCUUCCUGGAGUCUGUCGUCUGAGGGCCACACCCCUGCGGAGAUCUUGGCCACGUUGUACCUUACCAUGUGGAAUUAUUCCAGAUAACACCCAGGAGUCUCUCUAGAAAGCUAGGAUCACUGUGGCUGCAGACCAUGAGCUGGCAGUGGGAGUAUCCAGGACGGUGCUUGAGAAUGUCAGACUGUCCACUUUAAUUCCCUGGCUCAGAUAUGCCCAGGACCAACAGGGUCACUGAACAGACAAGGAGCCCACGAGAAUCAUUCAGAACAUCCGCAGCCACAGGGAUGGAUCCGGUUUCCUGGUCAUCCUCUUAACGGUUCAAAAGUUCCUGGCAAUGUUCCAAAGAAAAAAGCGAUUGCAAUUAGCAUCUAAUUCCUGCAGCCUGGUGCUCUGCCCGGCCCAUCACAGUUGGCGUCCACCCAGAUCCAGAGGGAAAGGAAACUGCUCUCUCUGCUUCUUCCUCCCUCGCCAGAGCAGGGCACUUCUCUUAGGGUAUCAAGAAGGCUCUUCAGGAAAUUAUGUUCAGUGUUUCAAGCUCUAUUUCUGUGGCACUUGUCUUUUCAGAGGAGUCCUCACCUCUUCUCUGAUGACUUGAUAGGUUGUUUAGGAGGGAGAUCUUGGUUUUCUGAGGAUCUUGCAUUUUUUUAGGGAAGAUUUUGUAGUUGUGUGUGGUUUUUUUUUUUGCCGUGGUCCCCAUUACGGGAUCAUUAGGACUGGCUUAUGGAUUGAAAACCGGUUUCUAAAGGUUUCAAAACAAAGUUCCCACUGGUGAUGCCUGGGCGACACAUUUUGGGACUUAGUAGGAAAUAAUGAAGUGUUAAGAUUGACACAAUUGCUGAAAACAGAGUAAAUCAUGAACAUUAUCUCAAUACUUUGCAUAAUAGGCAAGACCACAGCAUUCUGACCUGUUUUUGUGUUUAUGUUAGGAUCUCAAUCAUGUUCUGGCUAAGGGGAGAAGGAGCAAACACCGCGCUAAGAUUUGGUUUGCCAAAUCAGAUUCUUUGGUCAAGAGUCAGUCUGGGGCCAGGCGCGGUGGCUCACGCCUAUCAUCUCAGCACUUUGGGAGGCUGAGACAGGCGAUCACUAGAGUUUGAGACCAACCUGGCCAACGUGGUGAAGUCCUAUCUCUACUAAAAAGAUGCAAAAAUUAGCCAGGUGUGGUGGUGCACGCCUGUAAUCCCACCUACUUGGGAGGCUGAGGCAGGACAAUCAAUUGAGCCCAGGAGGUAGAGGUUUUAGUGAGCCGAGAUCAUGGCACUGCUCUCCAGCCUUGGCAAUAGCCAAGCACCACCUGCCCAGCUAAUUCUGUCUCAAAAAAAAAAAAAAAAAUCAGUUUAGGUUUCAGCAGAAAUAUUCUAAGAUCCCAGUAGGUAACCCUGAGCAGUCAGGUCCGAGCUGUGGUCUCAGUCUUUUAUGGCUUCAUGAAAGGACUGUACCCUCACGGAGGGGACCACGGCUUGGCUUAUGGGGUCCUAGGUGAUGGCUGCCUUUUUCCUUCAUCACCACACCCAGCUUUUUGCUGGCACUUGCAGGGAGAGAGCAGCAAAGGAGAGGUUCAUUCACCCUUUAUCUCCCCGUGAGGAAGAUGUUGCCCUGUUCAAACAGGAAGUAACAUCGCUUACACAUGACUCCAUUUUUUUGUUGUUGGUUUUUCUUUCGAUUGGAAUUCUGUAUUUAAGAUGUUGUGUCAGCUGACACAUGGGACAUGGACCCUGCUGGGCGGUGGGUUUCCGCACCACUGGGCUCAGAAGUGUCCCUGUUCCUCCAUCUGUUGUUCGCUUGCUUUGUAAAUACUUUGGUCCCAGGCUGAGACCGUUGCGUCCUGAAGGGUGUUCUCAGAAGAACUUGCUGUGUGCCUUCACCGAAGGCAGUCAAGUCUGCAGUUGGAUUUUUCUCACUGGUGAGUGACAAGAAACAGGGAUGAUUUUGCACUGCGGUGAUGGAGUUGUCUAUACGAUUACAGCACCUGAUUCUGUGAACGUAUCCUUGAACUCCAAAAUGAAUUCAACCUCCAUUCAGGCUUAAUGAAAUCUCUGAUGUUGUGUAUUAUUUUCCUUUUCCAAUGCAAGACCUGCUGGUGAGAGGAAAUGACUGUCUGGUUUUAUUCUGGUUUAUAAAUUAAUAAAUGGGCUAUUUAAUUCUGUA